GACUGACUGACUGACUGUGAGUAGUCUGCGACCGACUGAGCCACGGUGCGUGCGUGUGUCAAGAACAAGUUGUUGUUCGUCUGGUGGGUCGCCCGCCUUGUCGUCGCCAUUGUCGAGCCCGUGGGCGCUUUCAACGUGUGGAGCCAGUCCUUCAUCCAACCCCUCCCGUUGGUGGGUUCAUUCAUUGAUCCAUCGACCCAUCAUCCACGCCUCUGCCCCCGCCCUUAGCCCUCGGUCUGGUGUGAAAAGACCCCGCCUGCCCUUCCGGAGAACGGAGAAGCGGAGAAGCAUGUGGCUAUCAUCGGGUGGCGAUUGCCCUUGCGAACCCUAGAAUUGAUUGCUUGAGGGAAGGUCCGAACGAACCAACCAACGAACGAGUGGGACGAGGAAUGAGCUGGAAAGCGAUCCAUCGGCCUUGAGCAAACUCGGCUUGACCUUGACCUCCGUGGGUGCGUGCGUGCCUGCGUGCGUGCUUGCUUGCUUGAGUUGGGCUGUUUUUGGCCCCCAGCCAAUAUCACGGCCUGCUCGGCUCGACUCCGAAUCGGUAGCUGAUCGGUUGGGCCAUGACACCUCACCGGGCUUUGGCUGAAAGUGGACUGUGAAUUGGUAGUGGCACGUCGGUCGGCAAUCAUCGCGACAUCAUGACCGCCCACGAAGCGGAUCUCCGGAGCGAGAUUGAGCGCUUGAGCCGUGAAUUGGACCAGACCUCGGCCGAGAAGAUCCAAUCGGCUCAAUAUGGCUUGGUCUUAUUGGAGGAGAAGGAACAUCUCGAGCUCCGGUGUACGGAACUCGAGAGCUUGUACGAGAACAUGCGACACGAGCUCCAGGUGUCGCACGAGGCCCUGGCCAAGUUUCAGACCUCGCAAAUGGAGUCCGCCCGCACUGGCAUCGAACACGAAGAGAAUCUAUUGCACGAAACCGCCGCUCGCGAGUCGUCGUUGAACACGCAAGUGCUCAACAUGGAGAUCGACAUUAAGAACACUAAAAUCGAGAACGAGCGGUUGCGGGCCGAGAAAGACCGCGUGGAACAGGAGUUGAGCGUGUAUCUCAAUUCGAAAGAGGUCAGCACGGUUGAGAUCAAGGAGAUCAAACACGAGCUUCGCGAUUUCAAGCACCGUGAAACCCGAUUACUCACUGAUUACGCCGAACUCGAGGAAGAGAACAUCAUGCUGCAGAAGCAAAUCUCCAAUCUCAGGUCUUCCCAGGUGGAAUUUGAAGGGUCCAAGCACGAGAUCCGACAUCUUCAAGAAGAGGUGGAGAUCCUCAACCAGCAAGUUGAGGAGUUCAACAACCUCAAGAAAAUCGCGGAGAAGCAAUUGGAAGAGGCCUUGGAGUCGCUCCAGAAUGAGCGGGAACAACGAUACAUCCUCAAGAAGGAAUUGGACACGAAAAUGAACUCGGACAGUAUGUAUCAGUUAGGAAACUUGGCCAUGAGUAUUCAAGGAGCCGAGGCCCUGGAAGGUCACGGGAGUGAAGGCACCGAUAUGGACGAUAACAGUGAUGUAUACAAGACCGAUCAUGGAGAAGAUGGCGAGAAUGGCGAUAUGAUGGGUGAUUCGGGCCCGCCUAGUGAUCUCUUCACCGAGAUUCACGGCGGAGAGUUUAAGAAGCUCGAGCAGAAGAUCGAGAGCGCCGAAAACGAAAAAAUACAUCUCAACAAGUCUCUUUUUGAGAGCAAAUCGGCGUUGGAAAAGGCCAAGGCCGAGAUCAAGGACUAUCAGACCAACAUGGUCCAACUGGGCGCCCAACUAGCCACCCUCCAUCAAAUCCAUUCAGAAAAUAAUAAGCAGCUCCAACUCGACGAGAGCGGUCGGCGAAUGCUCGACAUGGCCGAGAAACAGAUUAGUGAUAUGGAGGCCAAUCUCCGAGCUCUGGAAGAUAGUGAAUCCACUCCGGCCGGUGAUGCUUUGGCCAAAUUGAAGGUUGAAAUCUACUCGGCUCGACGAGAGCUCGUGUCAGCCGAACAAAGGUCUUCCGAAUACAAUCAUGACAUCAAAGUAUUUGAGAAGAUCUCUUCCGACGCCCUCCGUGCGCUCUCGGACACGCAAUCUGAGAUGAUCGGCGUCCAGAACGAAUUGUCUAAGCUCUACGAGAAUGUAUGCAAGGCCAGUCAACAGACACCGAGCCGUCUCAUGCUUCGCCAUACCCAACCCAACGAUGAGGUCAAAUCGCCCAAACGAGCGGCUUCCUCCAUGGAGGUGAUGGUCACAAAGCUAAAAACCACAAACUAUCUAGCCAAGGACCUCAACGGGCAAAUCAGCGAUCCAGGUGCGGUCAAGAGCAACAUUGAAACCGUCAAAGACCAGAUCAAAUACCUCAAAGACGUCCUAGACAAGCAGGUAGAAGUGAUCAAGGCCAAGGAAGUGGCGGAUGCCAAUCCCGAGGUCGAUACUUCCGAGCUCUCCGCUGAAUUGGUCGAGAGCCAAGAACAGAUUGUCAAACUGAAGUCGCUGCUCUCAUCCAAGCGAGAGCAAAUCGCUACUCUGCGCACGGUCCUUAAGGCCAAUAAACAGACGGCCGAAGUGGCCUUAGCCAAUCUUAAAUCCAAGUACGACAACGAGAAACUCGUGGUCAGCAACACGAUGACCAAGCUGCGGAACGAGCUCCGACUUCUGAAAGAAGAUGCGGCCACGUUCUCCAGUUUAAGAGCCAUGUUUGCGGCUCGGUGCGAGGAAUACGCCACUCAAGUCGACGAACUCCAACGGCAAACCAAUGCCUCUGAAGAGGAGAAGAAGACGCUGAAUCAAUUGCUAAGGAUGGCCAUCCAGCAGAAGUUGGUUCUCACCCAACGACUCGAGGAUAUCGAGAUGGCGUCCGAGAUUCGGAAUACUCCCAAGCGAUAUCCACGUGGAGGCCGUGGGAGUCGUGGCAAAAGCUCUUACAACAACUUCCAGUCCUCCUCGUCCUCAGCUCGCUGAUGGGCUCGUCCAGAUUUCAGCAUUGCUCUUAGUUUGUGUUCCAUGCCUUGAAUUAGUUUUUUAUCAUUUGGUGCUUUCCUUGUCAAGACUCGGAGAUUCGAAAGAACUUUGGUUCCCCUGAUGCAAAAAUGGCCAAGCUCAAUCUGUGAAGAAUCUCUCAGUGUUAUUCCCCCCCUGUCCCCUCCCUUUCCUUCUUACUUGUCUGUUAAGGAUUUGUUAAAUUUGCCCCUCUCUUUAACGUGCAUAGUUUUUUUAUGCCAUACCCCCAUGCUCUGCUAAAUAUUAUGCUUUGGGGAAUUGAAGGAAUAACUGGAUAGCAACCCGUUCCAUUAUCCAACUAACAAUCCCGUAUGUCUGUAUAAGGUUCAUAGAAAGGUGUAUGUACAAACGGAUUCAAUCAAAUGUUAUUGACGAUGACGCGUCUUCCAAUAAUUAAGGUCAACUAAAAUGAGAUUACAAUGUAUGCAAGUGGGCAAGUCAUGCUGAUGGCAUGUCACCUUCUAACAAGGACUCGAUAAUGAAACGGAUUUGAAAACAUAUAACCAGGUAGUACUUAAUCAAAAUGUAACCAACCAUACCAUUCCUAUUGACGCUAGAUCUGAUUUCCAAUUUGAGCCCAAAGACCUUUAAAAACGACAAAAAUAAUAAUCACCAUAACUAUAAUGAUGAUAACAAUAGUCGAAGAGAUAGAAAUGAUGAUUAUCCAUAGAACGUCGUUUCUGUCCCUCCAGAAUAUCAUGAAGUACGUUGUGUACAUACAAUGUCCAUUUACAACACGCUACGAUUUAAACCGGCAGAUCAAUCCAUCAAUAAAUAUGAAAUCCUUAA